GUAACAUGGUCCAAGAUGUGCAAAAGAGACUUCGGGAAGAAAAAUUUGAGUUUUCUCAGGAGGUGUCGGUUAAAAGUAAGGUUGAGUUGACUGUAGCAGGAACUACAUUUCACCCUAACAAAACUUCACUUGGCUGUGGGCAAGAUGACUCCGUAGUUACAGUCAACAUAGGACCUGAUGGCAAAGUGGAAUGCAUGUUGUGUCGGACUUACCUGGAAGUGGUCAGUCACACGACAUUGCACAUGGUAACGCACGGCAUUGGCACUGUAAUCUGUCGCUGUCGAGCGUGCGGUCAGCAGGGUGAACUGGCGCAGUUCCUUCGGACAAGUAGCAUAGGAGAAGUUGCAAACACCGUAUGGUGCAAUGGUUGUCACUCCGCUAACAAGCUAAAAGGUUCCCCAAAUGAUGACGGCAGCUCUCCGUGUGGUCGCAAAGCAUACGUGUGCGAAGUCUGCUCCAAGUCGUUCCGUUCCAACGGCCAUUUGGCAAGGCACCACCUUGUACACAGUGGAGCAAAACCAUUUCUCUGUGAGGUGUGUGGUACGGGGUUCAGCCAGAGCUCCAGUUUAAAGUUACAUGUUCAGAGUCAUUCUGGCCUUAAUCCACAUAAAUGCCCGCACUGUGGCCAGACGUUCCGGUUUAGGGUAUCUCUUCGAUCUCAUAUCCUCAGUUUGCAUGUGUCUCCUUCAUCAACUUCCUCACCUGCAGCAAAAAAUGGUGACUAUGGAUGUGAUCGCUGUGGAAAGCAGUUUGCCACUGUAUAUAAAUUACAUCGUCAUUACAGAAGUCACACAGGAGAGCGACCAUAUGAAUGUACUCGCUGUGGAAAACUCUUCUCACAGACUGGAAACCUCAACCUUCAUCGGAGGAUGCCGUUGCAGGAUGUCUUUCCACGUCACCAAGUUUUGACAGUUCUAUUGUAA